ACAAGGUCCACAACCCAGUCUUUUAAAAAUUAUUAUUGGGGCAUUUUCUGAUUCCAGAUUCCCCCCUUUUUCCUUAUUGCCUUCUCUUUAUAAAGCGGUGCUCCUGGGCCUUGCAUGUGUUCAUCGCUCUCGGCUCUCUGUUUUCUGUCUGUCUAGUGUCUAAAAACAACUACUCUUUCUCCUCUUGAUUUCUUAUAUUAAUUGUUCCCGUGUCAAUACUUGCGAGAUCUCCCCAUGGCCCCUAGCUUGAUCAAAGGAUCCACUGACCUUAUUGGGUUCGUAGACGACGGCCAUCCGUCAUCAGUUACCCUUGAAGGGUCGCAUUUUACGGCCAACGGACACCCCAUCCUCACCGAUGUCCCUUCGAAUAUUAUAGCCACUCCAUCUACAGACAAGGCAACAAACACGGUCGGUUGUUACGUGGGUUUUGAUGCCGAAGAAACGAAGAGUAGGCACGUCGUCUCCCUUGGCAAACUCAGAGGUAUUAAGUUCAUGAGCAUCUUUAGAUUCAAAGUCUGGUGGACGACGCAUUGGGUGGGAGACAAAGGCAGCGACAUGGGUGCCUUUAUCAGGGACUUGAAGGAGACGUUCAAGAGCAUAGAGUACGUAUAUGUGUGGCACGCAUUGUGUGGCUACUGGGGUGGGAUUCGUCCCCAUGUCCCAGGGAUGCCUGAAUCCAGGGUCAUAGCCCCUAAGCUCUCUCCCGGGUUGCAGAUGACCAUGGAAGAUCUGGCCGUCGAUAAGAUUGUCAACAACGGUGUGGGAUUGGUCCCACCUGAGAUGGUUCAACAGAUGUACGAGGGGCUUCACUCACAUCUACAGUCCGUCGGAAUUGACGGGGUCAAGAUGGAUGUAAUUCAUCUGCUAGAGAUGUUGUGCGAGGACUACGGCGGUAGAGUGGAGCUAGCCAAGGCUUACUACAACGCCAUAACGGAGUCGGUGAGGAAACAUUUCAAGGGCAACGGUGUUAUUGCAAGCAUGGAGCACUGCAACGACUUCAUGUUCCUCGGAACUGAGGCCAUCUCACUUGGCCGCGUCGGAGACGAUUUUUGGUGCACUGAUCCGUCUGGCGAUCCAAACGGUACAUUCUGGCUGCAAGGGUGUCACAUGGUGCACUGCGCGUACAAUAGCUUAUGGAUGGGGAACUUCAUACACCCUGAUUGGGAUAUGUUUCAAUCCACCCACCCCUGCGCAGAAUUCCACGCUGCUUCCAGGGCGAUUUCUGGAGGGCCCAUUUACGUGAGUGACUCCGUCGGACAGCAUAACUUCCGGUUGCUUAAGAGCCUGGUGCUCCCCGACGGGUCGAUUCUCCGGUGCGAUUUCUACGCACUUCCAACCAGAGAUUGUCUCUUUGUAGAUCCACUGCAUGAUGGGAAGACAAUGCUCAAGUUAUGGAACCUUAACAAGUUCACUGGAGUAUUGGGAGCAUUUAACUGCCAGGGAGGAGGUUGGUGCCGUCAAGCUCGGAGAAACAAGUGUGCCUCCGAAUUUUCUCAUGUCGUGUCGGGUACGAUUAACCCGAACGAUAUUGAAUGGACAAACGGAAAGAAGCAAAUUUCCAUUGAAGGGGUACAGGUGUUUGCUGUUUAUAUGUUUCAGGAAAAGAAAUUGGUGCUCUUGAAGUCGUGGGAGCAGGUGGAGAUUUCAUUAGAGCCUUUUAAUUUCCAGCUUCUCACAGUUUCUCCGGUGAAGUUAUUAUCCAACCAAAUCCAAUUUGCUCCUAUUGGAUUAGUUAACAUGCUUAACACUGGUGGUGCCAUUCGUUCACUGGACUUCAAUAACGAGACAAACUCGGUUCGAAUUGGAGUGAGGGGAACCGGAGAGAUGAGGUCGUUUACAUCAGAAAAACCAAAAGCUUGUCUAAUUGAUGGUGAAGAGGUACCAUUUACAUAUGAAGAACACAUGGUUGUGGUUCAAGUUCCAUGGUCUACUUCUUCUGACUUAUCUGUAAUUGACUAUCAGUUUUAGAAUCAGGGGGUGGGGAUCGGAUCCACCAAAAUGGAUUGGUGUUUGAAUUUUAUGGAACCAACUAUAUAUGUAAUCUUAAAUAAUCUCUUAACUCUUAGUUAUUAUAUUAUGUUGUGCAUUGUGCAAUAACUUGUAUUCAUUUUUCACAAAACUACCGACUAUGAUGCCCGAAAACUUGUAAUGAAUCAAUAAACUAGUAUGAUCAUCAUUUUGUUUUCAA